UGGUUGGCUGGGUCUUUAAUUAUCUACUCCACCCGACCCAACGUCUCUGCCAGCGGUUCGCACUCGGACGGACCAAAGGGGGAGCUCUGGCGCCGAGAGCGAUGGGCGGCGGCGGCGGCGCGACCGGUCCUCCUUCGCCGCCGGCAGAGGCCGCCAAGCCGUUCCAGGUGGACCGGGCGCUGCAGGCGCUGGGCUUCGAGUUCACCCGGGUCACCGCGGGGGAGGUCGCCGGCCGCCUCCCCGUCACCGAGACCUGCUGCCAGCCCUUCGACUGGCUCAACGGCGGCGUGUCGGCGCUCAUGGCGGAGGUCACGGCGAGCAUCGGCUGCUACGUCGCCUCGGGCUACCGGAGGCUGGCCGGUGUGCAGCUCUCCAUCAACCACGUCGGCCCCGCGCGGCUCGGCGACCUCGUCGAGGCCACGGCCACGCCCAUCCAGCUCGGCCGCAAAAUCCAGGUUUGGGAAGUCCAGAUAUGGCGAAUAGAUCCUUCCACAUCAGAGCGCAAAGAUCUGGUCUCAACAUCAAGGGUUACCUUAUUAGCCAACCUAUCGACACCACAAGUGAUGAAGAAAUAUGAAGAAGGCCUCAAGAACUUCUCAUCGAAAUUGUAAAGGCAUGCUGGUUACAUAUUCAAACAUAAGCAUGGAACGGAAUAUCUCUUGAUCAACAAAGUCUGCCCUUUGUGGAAAGUGUCGGGUUCAGGGCACAAUUUGUUAGUUGUUACUUGUAUCGUAGCAUAUUUGCCAAACAGGAGCUACUGAGCACUGCAACAGCCAACAGGCUUUUUUUUAGCCAACAGUUUUUUUUUUUGAAGGAACAACCAACAGGCUUAUGAUGUUCAUGUUUAUGCUACUAUGAGAAGCAUGUAUCAUUUGAUCAAGAAUUUUAGGAGGAAUAAUAAGCUCGGGGCUGACAUCUCACUUGGAGAAUAA